GGCUGGGUGCUGGCGGGGUUGCCUGCGGGCAGGGCAGCUCCCGGGGGAGAGGCGCUCUGCUCUCGGAGGCGGGACCGGGUCGCUCCCUCCGCCCCGCACCUUGCUGUCACAGCCUCGGCCCGGCAACUCAGUCGCCGCCGCAUCUCCGCGGACAGCAGAGGCGCGAGCUGUGGCCCGGGCGGCGGAAAGGCUGCUGGCAGGAGGACCGAGAGGGAACCUGGCUAGGCGCCGCCCGCAUCCCUGGGCGCAGCUGGGGUCAUGAUAUUCUGAAAACCACUCAAUCAAGAGAAAUCUGGGGAGGAAAGAAACUAUAAAGUCAUCAAAGUCAUACUAAGGGAGAAAAGAUACAGGAAGGAAAGUUAUUCAGAGUAUUUCCCUACACCUGGCUUAGAAGUAACAGCAUAUUUUAACCAGAGGUUUGUACUGUUAUGAGGACAGAUUCAUCAGAGAUGACUGAUGUGGAGUCUGUGAUCAGCAGCUUCGCAUCUUCAGCAAGGGCUGGCCGACGCAAUGCCGUUCCUGACAUCCAGAUUUCAGCUGCUGCAGCUGCAACAUCUGAUCUGCCCCUCAAGCUGGAGGCGCUGUCCGUGAAAGAAGAUGUAAAAAAGAAUGAAGAAACAGCACAAGAUCAACUGAAAAAGCCCCCAAGUGAAAAAAAAUGAAGACUUAGAAUUAUUCAAGUGUGCUGAUUUUAUGCACAUCAAAAGACUAAGUGGCUGUGCUUCCUUGAGACGCUUGAUCUGGUGGUAACAGUGGUAAUGUGUAUGUGUGUGUGUUAGAUAAUCUUGUUGUGAUGUUCUGCACUUAGAUUGCAACCAUGAUGUCCAACAUUGGCUAUUAAAAUGUGUUGCUUUCAAAUUGCACCCAAGGAAAUGCCCUACUGUUUGUACACCCAAUAAAAUCCAGUGUCUUUUGCAGGGUUUAUUUAGCUAGGUAAAUUUUAAAUUCUGUUCUUGUUGUGAUGGGAUAAUUUUCUUGAUAUGUACAAACCAAAUACUAUUAAUUUAACACUUCAAAGAAUUUGUAGGAAAUUAUAUUUUUAGUGAGAUGGAAUAAUAGUCAAAAAUCACAUGCAUAAAAUGUGCUUGUUUUUCAACAAAAUUGCACCAGACUCUUGUCCAUAAUGUGAGAGAUUUGGAAAUAAGCAAGUGAUGUUGCAACAACAUAAGCAUCUCCAAGAUGUUCUGUUUGGUAUAUUUUGCAUCAUCUGUGCCUACUUUUGUUUUUCAUAUGAACCUAUAGAAUGUAAAACUUAUGACAAAUUGCUUAUAGGAAAUAUGCCUAUUAAAUGAAUUUCAUUAUA